AUGUAUUAUUUGGGAUCUGCAGGACAUAAGCCUUUCAAGAAAUCCAAAAAAAUGGGACGUGGUCAAAAAAUGUCGUUAAAGUACGGGACGGCACAUGGCGUCAUAUUAUGUUAUGAUAUGACAUGUAAAGAAUCACUCAAUUCAAUUCAUCGGUGGAUAGAAGAUGUUUCGCGAAACGCAGAUGUUGGAAUAGCAAAAGUUCUAGUCGCAACGAAAGCUGACUUAAAAGAAGACCGAUUGGUUUCUGAAGAAGAGGGAGCAGCGCUGGCCGAAGCAGAAGGGAUGUGCUUUUUUUUAGAAACAUCGUCUAAAGAGAAUAUAAAUGUUGAAGAAGCGUUUCUUAAGCUAACUUCUCAGUUAUUGAAAAAGCACGGCGGGACUAUGCUUCUAAAAUCUGGGGGUGACAAAGUCAAUAUCUCGCUGAAUACUUCUAACGUCUCGAGUUGGUCUUCUUGUUGCUAUUUCAUGUAG